AUGCAGGCCGGUCUUCCACCCCAGAUUACUAGCGCUGAUGUAGAAAGCAUCCUUUCUAUUCUCGACUCUGAGAUGAAUAGAGUGAUCCUUGCCGCUCACUUACAGGGCAUUUACUCCAGCGUUCUUGCCGUUGCCUUGUGGACCAUCUUCACGCAAAAGUCUCGACCUGUUGGAAAAGUGACGGUCAUCGUUCUCAUCAUUGUCUAUAUCAUGGCAUUUGCUAGUUUUUCCCUCAACUGGUCGACUGUGCGCUCGGCACUGGUGGUAAAUGGACAGAACGUUUUGACUCAGAUUACGAGGAUUGAGACUCCCCAAAGAGCAGUUACAUUGGUGACAGGCAUUGCUGGCGCAAUCUCUACUAUCCUUGUCGACUCAAUCAUGAUGUGGAGGUGUUGGUUGGUCUGGAGACGGCAGUGGCAAAUAGUUCUUCUUCCUGCCCUCUGUCUGGUUGCCGGUAUCGUGUUUAAAAUCAUCAUAACAAACCAGCAGUUUGUCGAAAGUGCAAAUGGCUCCUUUCUCUUUGCAGUACUCUAUGCUUCUUUAACUCUGGCCACAACAUUAUUGUGCACCUUGCUCAUGAUCUACCGCGUUUUAGCUAUCGCACGAGCAACAGAUAGAGGAGAAAGUGGACUUCGAGCCUACCGUCGCUUCAUGGAAGUCUUGGUGGAGUCUUCAGCUCUGUAUGCCGUAUCCUUGAUCUUAUAUGUGGCAUUCUUUGCGCGGGGUAGUGUCGCUACCUACUACCUCGAUCCCAUAGCCGGAUUUACAAGGGGAAUUGCUCCAACACUGCUUCUUGGGCGCGUCGCAGCAGGCCACGCUCGCCCGGACGAUUCAUGGCAAGGGAGUGUGAUGACUUCGCCGUUACGCUUUGGGCAGGAUAAGACUGGGAAGAGCUCCGAGGAUGAUUCCAUGAUGGCAUAUCGUGGAUUUGAAGACGAUCUCGAAGCUCAGCCAGACACUUAUAGGGAAGCUGAGCACAACUGUACGGACUUGCAGGAAGAUACCAGACAGUGCGGAGGUAAAGCAGAGGAUCCUUCGGGAUUAGCUGAAGACAAUCCUGAGGCAAUCAUCAUGAAACCGGUUCAUUGA